UAUCUCGAUAUCAGACUUGAUAACUACCAUCCGAUUUACAUUACACCCUUGUGAAAUUCCAAGCUAUCGUUCAAGCCCUGCUUGGGAAUAUAGUCAAAUCCAUCUGCAAAGCAAUCAUGCCCUGGGUGUUUUUGGAUAGUCUUGUUCACGGAGCAGAGAUGAUCAUCAAUUAUGCUGGCGUAAUCGGCGAAGCCAUCCAGGCCGUGACGAAUGUUGCACAGCAACAUAAGACUCCCGAAGCGUUCGGCAUUUUCGACGACUUAGGUGAUGCAUUCAAUGCAGCUACUAAAGUCAUUUCGAUUGCGUCCCAAAUACUUCCUCCAGCAACUAAACCGACCGUCGCAGAUGACACCUCAGAGACUCGUAUAGAGACGCGCGCUGGUUUAUUUGUUGCACCGACAAUCCUUACGAGUAACGGACAUCUCGGACGGCCGAUGUACGAUGCCCUGUCUAAAAACUUGGCCAAUAUGGGGGUCCCAGCAUCAUACGUUGGUAAAGAUGGCAGGACACAUGAUUCAGCCGAUGACAUCGGUGUGGCAGCAUUUGCAAAUGCUCCAUUUUCAUCUGCUGCAAGCCCAAGCAACAUGCCAUAUCAAACUACCGGCUUCGAAAUCAACAAUAUCGACGAUACCCUAAACGUUAGGGGAAAUCAUGCCUACUACGCCGUUCCACUGGGUCAAGACGCACCAUCGACAAUGUGGCACUCGGCGACUACCAUCGCAGCGACGACCACACAAGGAUUUAGAGAUAACUACAAGCGACAAUCGGGAACACAAACCGUAUACAACAAAUCAUUGGAAGUCGCCAAGCAAGGAGGUUCCGCUACACGGAUUGUGAACCUGAAUGUCACCUGGUGUUCCCAAUCAUAUGCGCAACAGAUCUACCCCACAUUCAGCACUCUGUGGAAAAAGAAAAUGGGAGAUACCAUUAUUUACAAACACCCAUUUGGAACCACAUGGCAAUUGAAGAUUCAGGCGGCAGUUGGAGCUUCUCCGGCGCAAGUACGAGCUGCAGUGGAGGUUAUCGCUCAACAGAGCAUACAGCAACGAGCUUCCAGCACUAAGGCUGCGAUCCAGCAGGAUCCUAAGAUAUCGCCACCACCUGCGGUUGUCGUCACAAAUUCAGCGUUAACUUACGUUUAGGAACCGUUCACAAGUCCGUAAUAGGAACGAGGAAAACCCUACGGCCCUUGUGAAUUGAUCCUCUAAAUGGGCGGUACGGCAUAGAGAUAUGGAC